GUCCUCUCCAGGCCUCCGUAGCGGUGUAAUGUUGAUAUCAGCUGAUGCCUCCCUCCUCCUGUCUGUCAGAUGAAGCUAGCUAACAGGCUAACGGGCUCCACUCAGUAACUAUGGAUGUGAGCCGGUUCACUCCGGGACAGAGACGCAGUGUCACCGGGCCACGGUAACACUGUCCGCGGCGUUUGUCCUCCUCUUCGGUCUCCUCUCCUCCCGUCUGUCUGCCCCAGUUUGGACAUUUGGCCUUCAGCCGGUUAUCUCGGCGACUUUUGCCCUCUUUAUCCCGCUCUGGGUCACAGUGCGCCUCGGCUAGCCUGUUAGCCUCGGAGCUAAUUGUCUGAUAUAAAGAGCUCUGAUUGAGGCUAACUGACUUACUGACUCAUUACGGGGACCCAAAACAGCGGGAUGUGCCAUGGCAUCGGUUCGGGUGGCUGUCCGGGUCAGACCCAUGAACAGGCGGGAGAAGGACCUGACUGCAAAAUGCAUCAUCCACAUGGAAGGAACCAAAACCAGCAUCACCAACCUGAAGCUCCCUGAAGGCAUCGGGGGAGAUUCAAUGAGGGAUCGAACGAAAACUUUUACGUACGACUUCUCGUAUGACUCCACGGACUGUAAGAGCUCAACAUUCGUCUCCCAGGAAAAGGUUUUCAAAGAUUUGGGCUCAGACGUGCUGAAGGCGGCAUUCGAGGGCUACAACGCCUGCGUCUUUGCCUACGGACAAACCGGCUCGGGGAAGUCCUACACCAUGAUGGGAAAUCCUGGGGAUGCAGGUUUGAUCCCGAGGAUCUGUGAAGGAUUAUUCAGCCGGGUCAACGAGGCGACUCGAUGGGACGAAGCUUCAUUCCGCACAGAAGUUAGUUACUUGGAGAUCUACAACGAGAGGGUGAGGGACCUGCUGAGGAGGAAGUCCACUCAGACCUACAACCUGAGAGUCAGGGAGCACCCCAAGGAUGGGCCGUAUGUGGAGGACCUGUCCAAACACCUGGUACAGAACUACAGCGACGUGGAGGAGCUGAUGGAGGCGGGAAACAUCAACCGUACCACCGCCAGCACGGGCAUGAAUGACGUCAGCAGCCGCUCCCACGCCAUCUUCACCAUCAACUUCACACAGGCCAAGUUUGACGCGGAGAUGCCCAGUGAGACAGUCAGUAAAAUCCACCUGGUAGAUCUCGCCGGCAGCGAGCGAGCGGACGCCACCGGAGCGACGGGCGUCCGCCUGAAGGAAGGAGGAAACAUCAACAAGUCUCUGGUCACUCUGGGAAAUGUCAUCUCCUCACUGGCCGACAUGACGCAGGACGGCGGGAACACCAACCUGAAGAAGAAGUCUGUGUUCGUCCCUUACAGAGACUCGGUGCUGACGUGGCUGCUCAAAGACAGCCUGGGCGGAAACUCCAAGACCAUCAUGAUCGCCACCGUCUCCCCCGCUGACGUGAACUACGGCGAGACGCUCAGCACACUGAGAUACGCCAACCGAGCCAAGAACAUCAUCAACAAACCGACCAUCAACGAGGACAGCAACGUCCGGCUGAUCAGAGAGCUGAGGGCCGAGAUCGCUCGCCUGAAAGCUCUACUGGUCCAAGGAAACCAGAUUGCUCUCCUGGAUUCGCCCACGGCUCUGAGUAUGGAGGAGAAACUGCACCAGAAUGAAGCCAGAGUUCUGGAGCUGACUAAAGAGUGGACAAACAAAUGGAACGAGACACAGAAUAUUCUCAAGGAGGAGACGCUUGCUCUGAGGAAAGAGGGGAUCGGCGUGGUGUUGGACUCGGAGCUGCCUCACCUCAUCGGCAUCGACGACGACCUCCUCAGCACGGGGAUCAUCCUGUACCAUUUAAAGGAGGGACGGACGUACGUGGGCAGAGAGGACGCGUCCACGGAGCAGGAUAUCAUCCUGCACGGUCUGGACCUGGAGAGUGAACACUGUAUGUUUGAAAACCAGAAUGGCACAGUGACGCUGGUCCCGCUGGGCGGAGCUCAGUGUUCAGUUAACGGAGUCCAGGUGACGGAGCCGUCGCAGCUCAACCAAGGUGCUGUUAUUCUGCUUGGCCGGACAAACAUGUUCCGCUUCAAUCAUCCAAAGGAAGCCGCAAAACUUAGGGAGAAAAGGAAGAGCGGUCUUCUCUCUACGUUCAGCCUCUCCAUGACGGACCUCUCCAAGUCGUGUGAAAACCUUUCCACUGUGAUGCUCUACAACCCGGGUCUCUUCACUGAGAAGGGCCCCGUCUUCCUCAGGUUGGAGUUUGAGAGACAGCAGCGAGAGGAGCUGGAGAAACUGGAGCUGAAGCGGAGGCUGAUCAAGGAGAUGGAGGCAAAGCAUCAGAGCGAGAAGGCGGAGCUGGAGCGGCUGCAGCAGGAGGUGGAGAGUCAGCGGAAGGAGUCUGAGGAGGUAAGACAGCAGAUCCUUCGUCAAGAGGAGAACCUCCGCCGCCGCAGCCAGGACAUCGAGAGCCGUCUGCGUGACUUCCUGGCCGAGAAGGAGCGAUUUGAGGAGGAGAGACGCUUGGAGAUCCAGGGGACGGACUUCCAGAGGAGGAACCCCCUGCAGGAGGUGGAGUCAGAGGAAGAGGAGGAGCAGCGGCGUCAGCAGGAGGCUGCAGAGCAGACGGAGAUCUACAGAGAGCUGGAGAAGCUGAAGAGGGAGCGGGAGGAGCAGAAGGUCCGCUUAGAGACAGAGCGGCGGCGCUUGGAGGAGCAGGAGCGGGAGCAGCUGAGUCUGGUGGGGAGGCUGGAGGAGCAGCUGAGGGAGAAACACGAGGCCGCCUCCACCCUGCUGACCAGGGAGGAUGCGCGCCGUCUGGAGGAGGAACGACGAGCUCUGGCUGAGAUCAGAGAGGCGCUCCUCCGAGCCAAAGAGGCAGGGGAGCGGCCCGGCGUGGAGGACGCCGGGGAGGAGGCGAGAUCCGCCCAGGCUCGGUACACGGGCUUCAAGGAGGCACAGGUGGAGGAGCUGAACCAGCUGGAGGAGGGGCUCCGGCAGCAGAGGGAGCGCCUGGAGAAGGAGGUGGCUGCUGAGCGUAACACCCUGCUGCUCCUUGCUCACAGCCUCAAAGAACGACAGCAGCAGCUAAAGGAGGCGCAGGAGAAAGGAGCGCAGGACGCUUCUGCCGUCUGCCAGGAAGAGCAGCUGGUCAAACAGGCGGAGCACAGGCUGCAGUUUAAGGAGCGCCAGCUGGCGAGCGUGGCAGAUGGCGUCCUCCCCGCCCUGGCGGAGGAGAAGCAGAGAGCGGUUGAGGUUCUGGAGCGCAGUGGAGGAGGCAGGAACGGGAACUGUGACAGCCCGCUGGGGUUGGACAACACUCUAUAUCAAGUGGAGAAGGAGCUGGAGGAGAAGGAGGAGAAACUGAACCUCCACUGGCAGGGUGCUCAGCAGCUCCAGCAGCUCCAGGAGACCUACGAGUUCACCGCCAACGUGGCAAGGCAGGAGGAGAAGGUCAGGAGGAAGGAGAAGGAGAUCCUGGAGUCCAAGGAGAAGCAGCAGAGGGAGGCCAUGGAGCAGGCGGUGGCUCGACUCGAGAGGAGGCACUCGGCUCUGAGACGCAGCGUCUCCCUGGAGCCCGACAACGAUGAGCAGAGACACAAGAGCUCAACCAGCAGGAACCAGAGGCCGGGGGCAGACCUGGACCAGCAGAGGGUUGAGCGGGAGAUCCAGAAGCUGAGAAAGAGGAUCAGUGAAGGAGAAGACAAUAGAAGCCACUCCAUCAGCAACGACGAGAAGACGAGUCACAACAGCUCCCCGGUCAGCCACAUCCAGAGUCUGAACACACUGCUGCCACUCUCAGACGACCGGAUAAAUGCGUACAUUGAAGAGGAGGUCCAGCGGAGGUUACGCAAGAUGAAUCUUCUGAACGGCAGCAGCAGCACCAUGGAUCUGUCUCUGUCCUGUGAAUCCCUCCGGGACGAGGAGGAAGUUAGCGACUCUAGCUCUGUUAGAUUAACAGAUGAGGAUGAUGAAAAGCUGCAGAACAUAAAUCCAAGGAGGCUGAAAUACGAGAGAGCCCCAGGGAUGUGGUCUAGCUUCCUGCCUGCCUCGGAGCUUGAAGCAGACACCAUUCUUCACAUCUCAGAAAAUGUGUUUGGUGAGCCGGAGAAUGACCUUAUAAAGCCUCGGGGAGAAGAAAAACAUAAAUCCAUCGCUUAUGUCUGGCUUGAGAGAGAGAAAAAGCCUCCAAAAGAUGAUGACAUUAACAAGUGGUUGCAAGAAACAGUGGGAGUUAGACAAGAAGAAGAAGAAAGAGGGGUUUAUGAACAUGAUGGUGCCAAUGUCUGGGAACACAAGUUUUGUUCCUCCUUAGCAAACACAUCCGAUGAAAACAAGAAUAUCACCAAUAAAUCAAGAAAUGAUUCAGGCUACGGUGUGAUUGAUGAUGAGAAGAUGGUUGAAAUAAGGGCAACAGAGUUGUGUAGGAAUGGACAUUUGGAUUCUUAUUUAAGGGAAAAUGUCAGACAACAAGCACAUGGCCCAAGAGUGGCACAAGAAGCAGAACUCGCCAAUGAUCACCCAUCAGAGUCCCAGAAUUCUGCCACUGGUUCAAGCGAUGGUGAGUCGUCAAAGUUCCAGAACUUCUUCUCUGGUGUUCCUAAGAAUCAGUCAUUUGAGUCAAAGAACUUGCCCACUUCUCUCGUCAAUGACUGGUGGUCAAAGUCCCAGAAUUGGGUCAUUGGUCUUGCCAAGAAUCAGCUGUCCAAGUCCCUGAACUCUCUCACUGGUCUGAGCGAUGAGCAGUUGUCAGAAUCCCAGAAUCCUGCAACUUGUCCUUGCAGUGAUCUAACAUCAAAGUCCCAGAACUCUGUCCCUGGUCUUGCUGAUGAUAAGCUGUCAAAAUCCCAGAAUUCUGCCACUGGGCCUAGCAGUUAUCUGUCAUUAAAGUCCCAGAAUUCUGCCACUGGUUCAAGCAAUUGUCAGCCGUCAAAGUCCCAGAAUGUCAUCUCUGGUGUUCCUAAGGAUCAGUCAUUCGAGUCGAAGAACUUGUCCACUUCUCUUGCCAAUGACUGGUGGUCAAAGUCCCAGAACUGGGUCAUUGGUCUUGCCAAGAAUCAGCUGUCCAAGUCCCUGAACUCUCUCACUGGUCUGAGCGAUGAGCAGUUGUCAGAGUACCAGAAUCCUGCAACUUGUCCUUGCAGUGAUCCGUCACCAGAGUCCCAGAACUGUGCUACUGGUCCUGAUAAUGAUCCUUUGUCAAAGUACUGGAGCUCGAUAACUGGUCCGGCAAAUGACCAGUCACCAACGUCCCAGAACUCUUUUAUUGGUUUUCUAAAAUCCAUGCAAAAUCCAAAGGAAGGUAUUCAAAGUCAACUCAAGGAAGUUCUGGAUAUAGCAGUUGAGAAAGGAGUAGCCAGCAGUAGUUACACAUUGGGCUAUGUCACUGGAAAGCUUUCAGAUGCGUACAAAGAUGCCGGUAGAAGGCUGCAGGGAACACGGGACAUAAUUCAGAACGUAGGAGUAGAUGAAAUGAAGGAUGUGCUCUCUCAGUAUGUGACCAUGAUGUCCAAAGACCUUCCUCUGAUUAAUCGGAUGCAGCUCAAACCAAAGCCUGAACCUUGCAUCCCCUCAGAAACCAAAGCCACUUUGGUUGAUCCAGCAGAUCACACCCGUAGUCCUUCUCUGAGUUCUGUCAUGCCUACAAUCCCAGGUGUCUCAGGAUGGCCAGAAGGCUCUGUGUCAUCUCUCAAAAACACCUCUCCUGAAGUGUUUUAUCAAAGACUGGUCCAGCUUCCACCAGCCUUGUCCCACCUACAGUCACUUCCAUCUGAGAAGAUUUUAGAAAAGUUGGAAUAUCUGGCUCCUGGAAUGGAAAUCAAGAAGCUUUUGAGUAUCUUCUGGAUCAAAACUGCCAACAAAAAGCAGCCCAAUUCCAAGCCUGGGUGCUUGCUUUUGUCAGAACAUGAUCUUGUUGUGGUGUCGAGUGAAACAACAUUAGAUGACUCCUUAUCUGUUUUUCACCAUUUUAACCUGCAGGAAAUCAAGAAAGUACAAAUAAGCUUGGCAGGGCAGCAUGCCCGCCUUAGCGGAUGCACUGAAGACUCAGUUUUGGUGAUCUAUACCCACAGCAAAGAGCUCACCCAGGAGUUCUGCAAGGCUUUACUGAAGAUCCUUUCACCUGAAAAGUUUUCUGAAGGGACAGAACAUCACCCAUUACUCUCUGCUGAUCUCAUGGCGCUCUCUUUGGAUUGGACAUCUAAUGUUCCUGAUAUUGUCCUGGACAACGGCUUUCACAUCACGUCUAGAUUCAAGCGGGUCCUUGCAGAUCUGCUCUACAUCAUCCAUGGGAACAUGGAUGGUCCAGGCAAACCUUCUCUGGCAAACAUCUGUCCUCUGCUCUACACCAGCGUCAAAAUCAUGAACUCUACCCAUGUUCGUCAGGACACCAUCUUUCAGUUCCUGUUGUCGGACACCCAUAUAGCCCUUCUCCGGGAGGAUGGUGUCUUUCAUCCAGCGCCACGGGGAUCCAGUCUGGUCCCUUCCCAGCCCCAGUUUCAGGGCCUUGAACUCCGCAGGCGUUCAGACAUCAAGUGCGUUCUUGUGAGGCAGAAGGACGACUGGCUGACCAUAGAAAUCUCAUUCAUGACUCUCAAACUACAAGCUCAAGAAAUGAUGAUUUACACAAGGCAAGGUCCACCUGAAAUGCCCUCAGUUGCUCAUCAAGGGGGUCGAUGUGAUUCCUGGAAGUUAUCGUUUGGUUGUACCUCAGAAGCUGUGAUCUUGAUAAAUCACCUGUGUACCUAAGAAGUGCACCUUAAGGCCGCCCCCCCGGAUGGGGGCCUGCGCUCACCAACGCCUUUUUUGGCACCAACAAUAACCUAAGUUUCAGAAUGCUUCUCACUGGCAGUCACUAUAAGUUGGCUUGAGACUUUUAGCUUCUACCAGCAGUGACGCGUGUCUGUUUUAAAUUACCAUUAGCUUCUAUUAAGGAAAUGUCACCAACACAACAUACAUGCUGAAGCAGCAGCCUUACAUCUGGUACCUUCAAAAAGGCUUGUCUGAUUAUUCUCUCCACCAUUGUUGAUGACAGAUCAAAAGUCCCGCCCCUUUUUGAUUGUGACUGGUUUUUUAGAGGGAAGUGACAUUGCCAAGCAAAGUUGAGUGCAACACAAAAAGCUGUUGCUGAGGGCUCCAAGUGGACACAGGCUCUAAAGACUGAUGAAACUUUGGCAAUUGUGUUUGGCAUUUUAAAAUAAGUUCACCAUUUUGUAGCCAAAUGUCUGUAGAAAAUCAGAGAAAUUACCUGAGUAGAUGCUAUUGAUCAAACGUAAGUAAAAUGGGGCAUUUGAAAGUAUUUUUUAAGUAUUAUUUUAAAAUGUUGAUGUUAUUAAAAUUAAUUGCGACUAAAAGAUCUUCUUCCUGAAAGCUCUUUGACUAUUCCUUCAGCAGAAGAACCACAGCAAAAGAGGGGUUCCGGUAUUUUUAAACCUGGGCCAAAAAUAGUUUUUAUUCAUUUAGAGGUUGAAAUGACUUGUGAGUAAGGCCGCGCCUAAGAGAGGACAAAGGGGAAAGCCAGCCAAACUGGGGGCCCAUGGAGGUCCGCAAAAAUCAUGGUCCAUUGUAGAUUAAUAUGUGAUAACCAUACUUUAUUUUUAACCUGAAUAAUAACCACUCUUAUCAAAGAAACAAAAAUGAAUUCUAUUAAUUUAUGCUAUAGAAAAAUAGUCUUCAAAAUGUAACCCCUUCAGAACACAUGACCUUUCUAUUGGUGUGGCACACUGACCUCAACUAAACCGUUAGAAAGUAAUGUCAGACCUCAUAAUGUUCAAAUGCCAAAAAAUGAAGUGGAAAAACUAGAAAACAAGAAUAGAAUCAAAACAGGCUAACGGGCAAAAAGGUGGCAAAAAUGGGAAAAGUGGCUAAAAGGG